AUGGUGAUCCACGGCUGCGCAGGCGGACUAGCGGCGAUGCAAAACCACACGGAGCGAACACGGCCGAUCGUGCUGCGCGGGUCGGCCACCGCGGCCUACGGCAUCAAGAACGAUCCCUUCACCUACCUCGGCUUGUGGGGCAUCGGCAUUUGCACGGCGGCGGCUGUGGGCUCGCUCUACGGCUUCCUGCGGAUGGGCCGCCGAUUCGGCAAGUGGAGCCAACAGCAGCCAAACGAGUGGCUGCCCCUCAUGCCGGCCGCCCGAGCGCUGUUGGCGAAACGCACAUUUGCUCGGACGGGGCUGGGCACGGCCGGCUUCCUCGCGGGCGUGUUCGCGGUGGACCGUGCCAUGGACCGUGUGCUGCUUUCGGCCUACACCAGUGAGGCGCAGAACAACCUGUUCACGCAGAAGAACCUGCCGCCCACGUCCACCGUCGACGCCUACAUCCUCUCCACCCACGUGGGCUACCUGCUGGUCGCCACGCUCCUCCUUUCCUUCACUCCACACAUCGUUUUGCCGUCGCUCAUCGCCGCCGCCUUCGCCGCCGUCGCCAACUUCAAGGUCUACAUGCUCGCCUCGCAGCGCAACCGACGCCUCGCUGCGGCCGCCGAUGCUACCACCACAACCCGAGAGGCCGCUACCUCCAGCCAAGACACAACCUCCAGCCAAUCCACAUAA